AUGACUACAGAAGUCAGCCAUCACUACAGACGUCAGCCAUCACUGGAGACGUCAGCCAUCACUGGAGACGUCAGCCAUCACUACAGACGACAGCCAUCACUACAGACGUCAGCCAUCACUACAGACGUCAGCCAUCACUACAGACGUCAGCCAUCACUACAGACGUCAGCCAUCACUGGAGACGUCAGCCAUCACUACAGACGUCAGCCAUCACUACAGACGUCAGCCAUCACUGGAGACGUCAGCCAUCACUACAGACGUCAGCCAUCACUACAGACGUCAGCCAUCACUACAGACGUCAGCCAUCACUACAGACGUCAGCCAUCACUGGAGACGUCAGCCAUCACUACAGACGACAGCCAUCACUACAGACGUCAGCCAUCACUGGAGACGUCAGCCAUCACUAGACGUCAGCCAUCACUACAGACGACAGCCAUCACUAGAGACGUCAGCCAUCACUGGAGACGUCAGCCAUCACUGGAGACGUCAGCCAUCACUACAGACGUCAGCCAUCACUACAGACGUCAGCCAUCACUACAGACGUCAGCCAUCACUGGAGACGUCAGCCAUCACUACAGACGACAGCCAUCACUACAGACGUCAGCCAUCACUGGAGACGUCAGCCAUCACUGGAGACGUCAGCCAUCACUACAGACGUCAGCCAUCACUACAGACGUCAGCCAUCACUACAGACGUCAGCCAUCACUACAGACGACAGCCAUCACUACAGACGACAGCCAUCACUACAGACGUCAGCCAUCACUACAGACGUCAGCCAUCACUGGAGACGUCAGCCAUCACUACAGACGUCAGCCAUCACUGGAGACGUCAGCCAUCACUACAGACGACAGCCAUCACGGCUGCGCCAAUGGUGGGGCCAGAUUCAAAAUUCAAAUGUAG